AUGAAUACGCCUCAGCUUAAGAAGGUAGGGCCGCGGCCUGCCCCGGAGGUCAAGGCCGCCACACCUCAGAAAGUAGACUUCAGGUCGAUGCUGGGGAAGAGGGGGGGCGACACGCCCAAACCGGCACCCGGCGCAAGCCCCGCCAGCAGCGGCCCCACCGACUUCAGGGCCCUGCUGAAGAAGCCCACUGACGCAGAGAAGAAUGCCACAAAGGACCAGACCCCGACACCCAAAGCCCCAGUGACCAAGGACAAACAAAACGGCAUCAACGGUGUUGACGGCAGGCUCGGAGAGAAGAAGCUAGACAAAGCUGUGCUGGAAAAGAAGGACGUGGCAACACCAGAGAAGAAGGGGAUACCAGAGAAGAAGGGGACACCGGUGGCGGCGGAGAAGGCGGCCCCGGAGAAGAAGCCAAGCACCACAGACAAGAACACGAAACCGGCCGAUGCAGGGCUCACCCAGAAGAAGGAGGUGGUGGUGAGCUUGUCAGAGAAGAAGGCAGCCCCCGCAGGGAAGCAGCCCAACUUCAGCCAGACGCCCGGCGAUGUCAGUGUGGUGGAAGGCCAGCGGCUGCACCUGCAGUGCCAGGUGACCUCUGACCCCACUGCCACCAUCACCUGGUCUUUAGAUGGUAAAGUCAUCAAGCCGUCCAAAUUCAUCAUCUUAUCUCAGGAAGGAACUCUGUUGGCCGGUCCAGCUGCAUGGUCACUCUGUCCAUCCGCCAAGCACCAGACCCCCCCAACAGAGGCCCACCCCUUCUGGGGAGUUGGACUGUCGGACAGGACCGUGAGACAGCAGCAGCAGCAGCAGGGAGAGCGGGACUCUGAGAAGCAAGCAGAGGCCAGCCACCUCCAGCAGACAGCCCCCAAGGUCCACUCUCAGCGCCAGGACCACAGCGGCCCCAGACCCCUGCUCAGGAGGCACGUGCACACCAGGGAGCGCAGCGAAGAGCAGGUUCGGCAACAUCAGCUGGAGCAGUGGGACUUCCGCUCGCUGCUCGCACAGAACGUGAACGCGAAGGCAAAAGCAAAACACGCCGCCACCGCCGCAGCAACAGCUGCCAGCCACACAGGGAACGUCUGUCAGGAGCAGGAGCCGAGGGACGCCAUGAAUACGCCUCAGCUUAAGAAGGUAGGGCCGCGGCCCGCCCCGGAGGUCAAGGCCGCCACACCUCAGAAAGUGGACUUCAGGUCGAUGCUGGGGAAGAGGGGGGGCGACACGCCCAAACCGGCACCCGGCGCAAGCCCCGCCAGCAGCGGCCCCACCGACUUCAGGGCCCUGCUGAAGAAGCCCACUGACGCAGAGAAGAAUGCCACAAAGGACCAGACCCCGACACCCAAAGCCCCAGUGACCAAGGACAAACAAAACGGCAUCAACGGUGUUGACGGCAGGCUCGGAGAGAAGAAGCUAGACAAAGCUGUGCUGGAAAAGAAGGACGUGGCAACACCAGAGAAGAAGGGGAUACCAGAGAAGAAGGGGACACCGGUGGCGGCGGAGAAGGCGGCCCCGGAGAAGAAGCCAAACACCACAGACAAGAACACGAAACCAGCCGAUGCAGGGCUCACCCAGAAGAAAGAGGUGGUGGUGAGCUUGUCAGAGAAGAAGGCAGCCCCCGCAGGGAAGCAGCCCAACUUCAGCCAGACGCCCGGCGAUGUCAGUGUGGUGGAAGGCCAGCGGCUGCACCUGCAGUGCCAGGUGACCUCUGACCCCACUGCCACCAUCACCUGGUCUUUAGAUGGUAAAGUCAUCAAGCCGUCCAAAUUCAUCAUCUUAUCUCAGGAAGGAGGCAAGUGUUCGUUCACCGUAGACAAGGCCCUGCCAGAGGAUGCUGGCCGCUACACAUGUAAAGCAGAGAACGCAGCCGGGAAAGCUGAGUGCUCUUGCAAAGUCAUGGUCUCUGAACCCACAGAUGCCGCCUCGGGUGACAAGAAGUCUGCGCCCACAACAGAGAAUGAGGCCCUUAUAAAGAAGAAGCAAGCCCCCAAAUCUCCAACCAAACAGGGCUCCGGUCCUCAGAUCGUCCAGUUCCCAAGUGACCAGAAGAUCUUGGCUGGGAAGAAAGUGGACCUGGUGUGUAACUUCAUUGGGGCCACACCCAUCACCUGCACCUGGCUGAAGUUCAAAAAGCCGAUCCAGUCAGGAAGUGGCGGUAUCACCAUUGAGACCACAGAGAACAGCAGUCAGCUGACCAUCGCUGCGAGCGAGCAGGACCACAGCGGCAGCUACACUGUGGAGCUGCAGAACAAGUUUGGCACCAAGCAGGCCUCCCUCAACCUCGCCGUCGUAGACAAGCCUGAUCCUCCAGCUCGUGUCCCAGCUGCCAGUGACAUCCGUGAAUCCUCUCUCACCCUCUCAUGGUAUGGCCCUACGUACGAUGGCGGCAGCGUCGUGGAGUCGUACAACCUGGAGAUCUGGAACUCUGUGGACAACAAAUGGACAGAGCUGGCCUCCUGCAACAGCACCUCUUACUCCGUCCAGAACCUGCUCCCGGACAGGCAAUACAAGUUCCGUGUGCGGGCCGUCAACAUGUACGGAGUGGGGGAGCCAGGUGCAGAGUCUGUGCCUGUCACAGCUGGUGUGGAGAAGGUGAAAGAGACAAAGGGAGAAGAGGUUGAGGCUGCAGAUGAUGAUGGUGAGAAAGAACAGGACUACAGGGACGUGGUUGUGAAGAAAGACUGUAGCGUCAAAGAGUUGUACGAUGUGGAGGAGAGACUGGGAACGGGCAAAUUUGGACAGGUCUUUAAACUGGUGGAGAGGGCAACGAAAAAGGUGUGGGCCGGGAAAUUCAUCAAGUCCUUAUCUGUCACGGCGAAAGAUAAUGUUCGGAUGGAGAUCGACAUAAUGAACAGCCUCCAUCACCCAAAGCUGGUGCAGUGUGUGGAUGCCUUUGAGAGCAAGUCUGACAUGGUCAUGGUUUUGGAGUUAAUCUCUGGUGGUGAGCUGUUUGAUCGAAUCGUGGACGAGGACUUUGAGCUGAGUGAGAGAGAAGUGAUCAAAUACAUGCUGCAGAUCAUCGAGGGCGUGGCCUUCAUUCACAAGCAGGGCAUCGUCCACCUGGACCUCAAGCCAGAGAACAUCAUGUGCAUCAACAAGACAGGCAGCAAGAUCAAACUCAUUGACUUCGGCCUCGCCAGACGGCUAGAUAAUGCUGGUGGACUAAAGGUUUUGUUUGGAACUCCUGAGUUUGUGGCUCCUGAGGUGAUCAACUACGAGGAGAUUGGCUUCGCCACAGAUAUGUGGAGCAUCGGGGUCAUCUGCUACAUCCUGGUCAGCGGUCUGUCACCCUUCAUGGGCGACAACGACAACGAGACUCUGUCCAACGUCACCUCCGCCACCUGGGACUUCGAGGACGACACCUUUGACGAGAUCUCCGACGAGGCCAAAGACUUCAUCAGCAGUCUCCUGAAGAAGGCAAUGAAGGCUCGUCUCACCUGUGUACAAUGUCUGGAUCACAAAUGGCUGAAGCAGGAUACGGCUAAAAUGGAGGCCAAACAACUGUCCAAGGAAGCGCUGAAGAAGUACAUCUUGAGGCGCAAGUGGCAGAAAACAGGAAAUGCUGUGCGCGCCAUCUCCAGAUUCCACUCCAUGGGGAUGAUGGGUGGAGUCGGGCCAAAGAAAUCGCCCACUGACGAGGAUGCCCCAGCUUCAUUCCUGGAAACUCUGGAGGAUGAAUCCCGGCCUCCUGCCCCUCCCACCUUCAACAAUGUCAUCCGUGAUGUGGAGGUGGUGGAGGGCAGCGCUGCUCGCUUUGACUGCAAGAUAGAGGGGUAUCCUGAUCCGGAUGUGGUGUGGUACAAGGAUGACCAUCCCAUAAAGGAGACGCGUCACUUCCAGAUCGACUACGAGGAGGACGGGCACUGCAGUCUGGUUAUCUCUGAGGUCUGCCCCGACGACGAUGCCAAGUACACCUGCAAGGCGGUCAACAGCCUCGGAGAGGCCAGCUGCACUGCAGAACUCAUGGUGGAGUUUAUGCAGGAGGAAGUAGAGGAAGGAGAGGGAGGGGAAGAGGGAGAAGAGGAGGAGGAGGAGGAGGAAUAAAGAGAUGGAAGAAGAGAGGAAAAGAAGGAGACGAUGAGAAGUGGACACUAAAAGGAGCGAUGAUUUCCUCCUGCCUUAAAGCUCUAACUCUUACUGUGCUCUUACUACAAACACCAGCCCUCUUUAACUUUUGUGCACUUUUUCAUCUUUCUUACUCAAGAACACUGAUUGAUUGGUUGGUCAAUUGGUUGAUUGGUCAAGCUAAUCGUUUGGGUGACUGAUUGAUCAAUCAAUCAAAGUGUUUUUUUUUUGUUGGUUUUCUUUUUCCAAGACUAGACAUUCCUUUCUGUGCUUUUUGGUUUAAUAACUAGUAAUUCAUCUGUCUGUUGUUUAAGCCAUUCAAAACAAAUUAAACAUGCAUGCAUGCAUUUAGUAUAUAUUGUUAUGUAUUAAGAAGUAUGAGGAAUGAAAGAGAUAUAGUUAAAAAAAAUAACCUCUAAUAUUUGUCCAUUAUGCAUAAUUUUCAACAAUUUAAUCCAGUCCUGUCAUGUACCUUGUAACAAGUCUUUCAUCCUGUAUGGGAUGUCUCCUGUCACCCACUGUUGUUCUUUGCAUGUAAUAUUCAGGCGUAACCCACUUUCCUUGUCUACUGGUGAACAGCAGAUCCACUAUGAGAACGCCUAUACAAUAUUCAGAUACGAGCUUGGUGUUUGCACUGGGUGUGAACGUUAUCUAGAUGUGCCUGGAGACGUUGCUGUAUAAAAUAAUCAAAUGCUCGGAUAUGUUUGGUGUGAAUUGGCCGCGAGACCAGUCAGAACCGACAGUGAGAGUUUUGCUUGUUUUAUUGUAAUCCUUUAAUUAUGAAGUUGACAUAUUAGUUAGACAUAUUUGUGAUGUGCUGGAUUGUUUCACAGGAAAGCGAGCGUUGGGUUUUGCUAUUCUGCGUGAAUAUCACAAUCUGAUUUUUUUUUUUUUUUUUGCUUUUGCUUUUGCACUUGAGUCUGUUGAAUAUUGUUGUGUUACACUUAAAUGGUGCAGAAGCAUCCAUCCUCUGUUGAAUGUAAUCUUUGUAAUCUCUGUCCUCUGGUCCUCUUGUGUGUUAGUAGCACCAGGUCGGUUCCGUAGAGUAGAUUUGAAUUUGGCUGAGAGAAUCUCAUAGGAAUCCCAUAGGUGAGCAAAUUCAUGCUUUAGUCAUUUGUUUGUACAGGAUUGCUCAGUCAUGCUGAGUGCUCUCAUGUAGCCUAGCCUACUGUCUAAUUAUGAAAAAGUGAUAGAAAUUAUUUACUUAUUCAAUUAAACAUUAGGAGUAAGUGCCUUUGCUUAUUGCUAUUAAUAACUUCUAUAAUAACUUCUAAGGCCUGAAACUGUUGGGUCACAAACAAGUCCUUUGCAUGGCAUUUCUCUCACUGAAAAAGAACCUGUUAUUUUGUUUCAUAUUUAAGACUAACUGAAGCACUGCCCACUUGAAUAAACCUGAGUCUUUCUGA